AACGACAGCCCGUACUUUUCACCUGUUGUGCAGGGAUCCGGACCGUCAGCGACAGGACAAGGCGGACGGCAGGAGAAACCGGGACCGAAGCUGGUUCAACGGAACUGGGUCAGAGUUCGUUGACGGCGGCGCGAAGUGUCAGCGAGCGAAGAUGAAUGAGGACGCAUUUGAAGUCCCGGAGAGGACCGAGUACCGCUACCUGGUUCAGGAGGAGGACGAGGAGGAGGUGCAGUACGUCCGUCACAGACACUACAUCAGCCCCUUCCUGGUGCUCUCCAGGCGCUGCAUCUUCUUCAUCUGCCUCGGCGUGCUCUCUCUGCUCGCUCUCGCCACCUAUCUGGGCUACGUGGCCCAGACGCUGCCGCCGGGUCUCGCCCAGGUGUCAACAAACUGUGGGGAAUACAGAGGAAGACACAAAAAUGGAGCCUACUCCUUUAAGGGCAUGCCCUACGCCGCUCCGCCCGUCGGUAAACUGCGUUGGGCUCCUCCGGCUGAACCGGUGUGCGGGAGCGGAGUGACCGACGCAGGCCGCUUCCGCAGCAUGUGCCCUCAGGUGCGUCCGAUGUCAAGCACGGGGAAGGUGAUGGGCCAGGAGGACUGCCUCUUUGUCAACGUGUGGACGCCAACGCUGCAGCCCAACGCCAAGCUACCCGUCAUGGUCUGGAUCCACGGAGGAUACCUGCAGAUGCUCAGCGGAGGAGAGCAGGGCUACUCGCCCACGGAGAAGCUCGCCGCAGACACGGGAGUGGUUUAUGUCAGCCUCAAUUACAGACUCAACGCCUUCGGCUUCUUGGCACUGGAGAUACUGCGAGAAGGUUCUCCAAAAAACACCUCGGGGAACUACGGCUUCAUGGACCAGAUAGCAGCUCUGAAGUGGGUCCAGAAGAACAUCCACUUGUUUGGAGGAGAUCCUGGGAAAGUCACCAUAUUUGGACAGAGCUCAGGUGGGACCUCAGUGUGGACCCUGAUGAUGUCCCCGCUGGCGAAGGGUCUCUUCCACGCAGCAGUGGACAUGAGCGGCUCGUACGUCUACAACGCAACACUGAAACAGGCUGAGUCGGACAACCUGGUGUUCCUGGAGAAGACGGGCUGCAGAGACCUGACCUGCCUCAGACGUCUCUCCGUCAAACAGGUCCUGCAGGCCAUCCCGUGGCAGGAGUACCCCUCCUGGGCAGCGGAUGAGUUGACAGACCUCCCCACGAGAGACCACUUCAUCGGCCCAGUGGCAGUGGUGGACGGAUUCGUCUUGGAAGCUCCGCCUUUUGAGGUGUGGGAGAAGAAAGGAGACCACAGUGACGUCCCUUUCCUCGUCGGGACGACAGAGCAGGAGACUGACUUCAGUCCUCCAGCUGUAAACAUCUCUAUGUGGACCUGGGGGGACUACCAGUGGUUCGUAACAGAUAAACUCCAGUCCUUCAGGAAGAACCUCCCCAAGGAGGCAUUGGCCCUGUAUCCCAGCUUGGCCCCCUGUCCCACCACAGACCGCUGUCCAGAGAGGGCCUACACCACCAUGGCAUCCGACAUCAGGGUCACCUGUCCCAACAACGACCUGGCCUGGAGGGCUGCAGCUGCACUGAACAGCCCCGUGUAUCGCUACGUGGUGACACACACGCCGUCCGGGGCGGUCAACACGUCCGGAGAUCUGCUGCCGUUCCCCAGCCGCUUCUCCUUCCACUGUCUGGACGCCCUGGCUUUCUUUGGAGGCCUGGAGUUCGCCCUGGGGAAGCCGCUCUCUGGUCCGGACAAGAGCUUCCAGGACCUCAUCACACGUCACCUGGUCACCUUCGCCAAAACAGGUAAGAUGGGGAACGAGUGGCCUGAGUACCCAGCAGCCACUGCUCUCCUGUCGCACAGCCUGUCGAUGGCCCGCAACUACUCCUCUGCUCGGUGUGAGCUGUGGAAGGAGAACGGCCUGUACGCCUACGCCUGGAUGAACUGACCACCGUGGCGCCGACUUUGUCACGCCGAGGUGCUCUCAUGUAGAAGAGUCCCCGUCGCAUCCAGCUCACAUCCUGCAGCAGCCUUUCUCUCGGAGUUUAAAAACCAUAGGAACAUUGUGUUGGUCUGGAGAAAAAACAGCCUUCUUUGUGUUUAAUGAAUUCAGCAACGCCUCGGACUUAAAGGGUCAGACCGAAUGACGGAAAAACUUCUUUUCCUACCUCCCGGUGAUCCACGCAGAUAGUUUUGGUUUUAUUCUCGUACAGGUUUUGAGGAAUCUGUCUGAAGUGCCUUCCUCCGCCCCGUUCAUUUCACGCUCGCAGCGUUAAAAGAUGACCUGUACUCUAAAAAUUCGGCAGAAGCGCGUCUCUCAAGAGCCAGUGUCCCGGCUGCCGUGGCUAAUCCACGGGCGUCAGCGCGGACCGCUUUCAUUUCUAUCAGACACGUGGAAAACGUAAACUAUCUGCAUAGGUAGAUGCCACCAGAGGUAAGAGAGAGGGAGUUUUUCUUUGGGUAAAUUUGCCCUUUAACAGACUGGCGGUCUGGCCGCACAGUGACCAAGUGACUGUACAUCAGACUGGAAGCCUGUUAGAGGUUCUUAAGGGAUCAUGUAGAAGUAAGUGUACUAGACAGUCAAGAUACGUGGACUAUGAAGGAUUUUGAAGAAAAAGAAAAAGUAACUUUUAUGUCAGGUCAGUGUGAAGUGUGAGGUGUCCUUCAUUGGAAAGUCACCCGAUAUUAAACUCAGGAAGAUUAUUUUUCGGGAAUACUGAAAACACAUUGGAAAAUUUCCGUCGGGGGGCCUCGGGGCAGAAAUUGCGCUGCGGGGCCCCUCCUGAAGGUCCCGUUAAGCACAGCGGACACGGCAGACUACGUUUGGCAGCUUCAUUUAUAAACCCAGAGACCUAGAACUCAACCAGGGCUUUUGUAUGGCCCAAGAUAUUCAGUGUAAUUACAUGAAACGUAACUUUACGUAGACCAUGUACCAUGUGGACGCAGUAAACUAAAGUAAUAAGGGUCUUAAAACCAGAUUUUGAAAACGGCAAACGAUGCAGAUCCAGACUUAAUUGAUAUUGUACUUUAGUGGUGCAAAUACUGGAUUCGCAAAUUGAUCCGAUGAGAAAAAGCAUUUGACUCGCAGUCAACCUGGGACUUGUGGGGUUCCUGGGGGUCCAGGGUGCCAGGGCUGUUGUCCACUGUGUCCAGCAGGUCAUCCUGCCUCAUGGACGUAACCGUGGCCUUUGGAGAAUUUACUCAACCUGAACUAGACUCAUGGCCGCCGAUGGUCCCCGAACCAAUAUCAGGCGACUGCUUUCACGAUAAGGCAGCUGUUGAACUGACACUGACUAAUACACCAGAGAGUGAGGUUGAUGUUGGGCCGUUGACCUCGAGGUGCCUUUGUCUGACCGGGGAACGCCCCAGAUGUUCCAGCUGUGCCGCAGCAGCGUCAAAAGUAAAAAGGAGUUGACCAAAAAAAAAAAAAUUCCGUCGGCCGACGAAGGCCAUUAGACGUGGCUGAAAGCUGCAGAGUGUGAUAAGAUCUUAGGCCUUUCGGACAAAACACCAAAUAUUCAUUUUUAAGUCGAAAAUACAGGCGUUUACUUACACUUGAGAGUUAAAAUACGGCCGGUCGACAGAGAUCGUCGAGCGGCCUGCAGCGCAGCCACGUCCCGUGGACUUCUGGGUAAUUACAGCCUGGAGAACUUAAAGCGGGAUCUGGCUCCCGAGCAGGUGAAUACAUGACCCCUGAGACUGGGUUUCUCUGCCCGGUAAAGUUGACAUGGAUUUCUAAAUUCAGGGAGGUGAUUGAGUGGGGGGGGGGACAGAUAAGCUCGACCCUGUGGUGAUUUUUGUGCUUUUUUUACGACGAACCUGUGAAUGUGUCCGUGAAUCACACUGUGCCGCUUUCACUGAUUCAUAACCUCAACGCUUGACCACUAAGUCUUCGCACUUUCCCGCGAGCACUUCUUAUUACGAGGCGCGUCCGGGCCCGGUUUGCCGUACUUGUAAGCCGGUCGAACCGAGUCCACCUGUUUUAUCCCCUUUCUGCUUCCUGUUUCAUUCCAGUCGUCCAUGAAGCUGUUGACGAAUCAGAUGAGCUCGCAGAGUUUGAACUCACAGGUUUAUGCCAAACUUUGUCUUAACCAGAUCGCAGUCAUUUUUGCCGCCUGGUUGAUUUUAACCACUUGUGAGCUUUGCCUUGUGUUUUUAUUUUUAUUAUUUGCGAAGGUAUCAAACAGUAACUGUGCUUCACACUCGGCCAUCGUGUUUCAUUGUGUGUUGAUGCUGUGAAACUUUAUUACUCUUUUAUAUGCUCAAUAAAAUGACACCACGUUAAU